GUAACCUGCUGCACCCCUGGGAACCGCUGUAGGAGGGGAGCCCACACCUGGCCUUGCCCCUCAUCCACUCUUGUCUCCCCAUGGCAGGUCCUGUACACAUGGCGUGUGUCCUUGUCUAUUGGUUCUUCAGUGACAAUCAGAGGGAAACCUGACAUAUCUUUCAGCAAGAACACAGAAAUGCAGGUGGAUUUCCACACUGGGACUGACGAGAACUCAGACGUUGCCUUCCAUUUCCAAGCGUACUUUGGCAUAUCUGUGAAGAUAAACAACCGUCAGAAUGGGAGCUGGAACUGUGAGGUGGCAUCCUCUGGAAUGCCCUGUGUGGAUGGCCAACCAUUUGAACUGCACAUCUCGGUGCUGCAAAAUGAGUACCAGGUAACGGUAAAUGGCCAAAAAUAUUAUAGCCUUGCCCAUCGACUCCCACCACAAUCUGUGAAGUUUGUGCAAGUGUGGAGAGAUGUCUCCCUGUCCUCAGUGUGUGUCUGCUAAAGAGGGAUGUGACCAGACUACCCAUUAUCAAGGAGGUCCCUCCAUCUAAGUGACCAUGUGACUCCCAGAGUUCGCUAACAGAUUGGCUCCUCCUCACCCUUCCCCAAAACUUGAUCAUUAAAACUUCUGAAAACUUAACAGGGUUUGGUUCUUGCUUUGGGGGAAAAAAGAGUAAGUGGUCAUCACCAAGAGGGGUGUGAAAGUACUAUAGAAAAGAUCAAGGAAUCUAAAAGCAUAGCUAUUUCUCUGACACAAGGAGUAAGGGACAGGGUCACUGAAAUGUCUGCAAAGACAUUAGUAAAAAUAUCCUUAUAUAGUACCUACUAUAUGCCAGACACUGAACCAAAACCCUUCCCCCAUUUCAGACAACUAAACCAAGAUAUAAGGCAUCUGUCUAUAUACACAAAGCUAUAAUUGGUGAUAUGGGGAAGAAACUUUGUAAUUUGAGGGAAAUCAGGUGAAAUUCAUAAAAACUACUAGAACUGAUAAACAAAUUCAGCAAGGUAGCAGGAUACAAGAUUAACAUACAGAAAUCGGUUGCAUCUCUGUCUCCCCAGGAAUAGGAGAAAAUAUGAUAAUAGUCACGUUUACAUCAAGCCAGAUUUACUGCUAUAACUAUCCUGAUAUCCCUAUAGAAGUUGUGCUGUGGUUUUUUUUUGUUCUACUUUAAUAGAAAGUUUAAAGCAAAUAUUUAAUUGCUGACCUCAGAAAUUUUGAUAGUUACACACAUAUUUGGGAGUUAGUUGGUCUCAUUUGGAGACUUCCUUUGGACCCUCCUUUAUGUACCUUUUAAAAAUAAAAGUGAAAAUAUCUUUAAAAAAAAAAGAAAAAAAAAAGAAAUUGGUUGCAUUUCU